CGGUUCCCCUUCAGACGGCUGCAGUGCGGGGAGCAGACGUAGAGGUGCAGUGGACUCGGGUUCGGUGCACAGUACAGGCAGCUCACGCCAUACAGUGCUUGCCGGGGAACUCUCUGGCCCCCAGUCGGCUCCUUCAGAGCCCCCCUAGACGGGUGGGGCAAGCAGCCAGGCAAGUCCACGGAGCGAACGAUAGAGAGCAUCUCCCGCGAGGUCUCCGGUGCCCGCAGCUCCGCAGCCUUUCUGGCGCCAUGAGGGCUCCGAUCACCGCCCGCUGCUACGGACGCAUCCUACGGAUGCGUUGGAGGGGCUUUCUGCCAUUUGCUCUGGCUCUCUUGAUGGGGACAGGUCAUGCACAAAGGGACUCCAUGGGGAGAUACGAACCAGCUAGCAGGGAUACGAAUCGGUUGUGGCGCCCCGUGGGCAGCCACCCCGUAGCGGCUGCAGCCAAGGUGUACAGUCUAUUUCGGGAGCCUGAUGCUCCGGUGUCUGGCUUGUCGCCCUCGGAGUGGAACCAGCCGGGCCAGCGGAGCCCCAGGAGGCCCGCUGAGGCGGAGGCGGAGGCCAGGAGGCCAUCCCGUGCCCAACAGCUGCGUCGAGUCCAAUCACCUGUCCAGACCCGAAGAAACAGUCCCCGGGGCCAGCCGCAUCCGGCAGCCCGGGCUGUGCCUUCCGUCGCGCGCCCGGUGACCCCGCAGCGACCUGCGGCUGUACGGCAAGGGCGGCUCACCGGGAGAAAUGUCUGCGGGGGACAGUGCUGCCCAGGAUGGACGACAUCCAACAGCACCAACCACUGUAUCAAACCUGUGUGCCAGCCUCCCUGUCAGAACCGGGGCUCCUGCAGCAGGCCCCAGCUCUGUGUCUGCCGCUCUGGCUUCCGUGGGGCACGCUGUGAAGAGGUCAUCCCUGAGGAGGAAUUUGACCCCCAGAAUGCCAGGCCGGUGCCAAGACGCUCAGUGGAGGGGGCACCCAGCCCUCACAGGAGCAGUGAGGCCAGAGGAAGUCUUGUGACCAGAAUACAGCCGCUGGCACCACCACUACUACCAGCCAGGACCCUGAAUGGCCUCAGCCAGACCCGGCCCUUGCAGCAGCACACAGGGCUGUCCAGGACUGUCCGGCGUUAUCCAGCCACCGGUGCCAAUGGCCAGCUGACUUCCAACGCUUUGCCUUCGGGACCAGGACUGGAGUUGAGAGAUGACAUCCAACCGGGAUCACAUGUGAACCACCUCUCACCCUCUUGGGGGCUGAACCUCACCGAGAAAAUCAAGAAGAUCAAGGUCAUCUUCACUCCCACCAUCUGCAAGCAGACCUGUGCCCGCGGCCGCUGUGCCAACAGCUGUGAGAAGGGCGACACCACCACCCUCUACAGCCAAGGUGGCCACGGGCAUGACCCCAAGUCUGGCUUCCGUAUCUAUUUCUGCCAGAUCCCCUGCCUGAAUGGAGGACGCUGCAUUGGCCGGGACGAGUGCUGGUGUCCAGCCAACUCCACGGGGAAGUUCUGCCAUCUGCCUGUCCCACAGCCUGGCAGGGAGCCUCCAGGGAGAGGCUCCCACCAGAGAACCCUGCUGGAAGGGCCCUUGAAGCAAUUCACCUUCAUGCUGCCCCUCUCCAACCAGCUUGCCUCUAUGAACCCCUCGUUGGUGAAGGUGCAUAUUCAACAUCCGCCCGAGGCCUCUGUGCAGAUCCACCAGGUGGCACGGGUCCGGGGGGAGGUGGAUCCUGUGCUGAGCGAGAACAGUGUGGAGACCAGAGCCUCUCAUCGGCCCCCUGCCAGCCCAAGCCACAGCCACUGGGCCAGCAACAGCAUACCUGCUCAGGCUGGAGAGGCCCCUCGGCCACCACCCCCAGUGCUGUCCAGGCAUCAGGGACUUCUAGGCCGGUGUUACCUGAGCACUGUGAACGGACAGUGUGCUAACCCCCUGGUGGAGCUGACUUCUCAGGAGGACUGCUGUGGCAGUGUGGGGGCCUUCUGGGGGGUGAUCUCAUGUACUCCAUGCCCACCCAGACCAGCCUUCCCAGUGGUAGAAAAUGGUCAGCUGGAGUGUCCCCAAGGGUACAAAAGACUGAACCUCAGCCACUGCCAAGACAUCAAUGAGUGCCUGACCUUGGGGCUGUGCAAGGACUCAGAGUGCGUGAACACCCGGGGCAGCUACCUGUGCACCUGCAGGCCUGGCCUCAUGCUGGACCCAUCGAGGAGCCGCUGUGUAUCGGACAAGGCUGUCUCCAUGCAACAGGGACUAUGCUACCGGUCGCUGGGAGCUGGCACCUGUACCCUGCCUUUGAUACACCGGAUCACCAAGCAGAUCUGCUGCUGCAGUCGUGUGGGCAAAGCCUGGGGCAGCAAGUGUGAAAAGUGCCCCUUGCCUGGCACAGAGGCCUUCAGGGAGAUCUGCCCUGCCGGCCAUGGUUACACCUACUCAAGCUCAGACAUCCGCCUGUCCAUGAGGAAAGCGGAGGAGGAGGAACUGGCUAGCCCCUUCAGGGAACAGAUCCAGAGAGUCAGUGGACCUCUACCUGGAGCAGCCGAGAGGCAACCACUCCGGGCAGUCACCGACACCUGGAUUGAGGCUGAAACCCUCCCUGACAAAGGUGACUCUCAGGCUAUCCAGAUCACAACCAGUGUUCCCCACCUACCUGCCUGGGGACCAGGGGAUGCCACUGGAAGACCAACACCACCAUUGCCUGGACAGGGCAUUCCAGAAAACCCAGAGGAAGAGAAAGUCCUGGCGACACAGAGUCCACCAGGCUUUGAUCCAUGUUUUGCUGGGGCCUCCAACAUCUGUGGCCCUGGAACCUGUGUGACCCUUCCCGAUGGAUACAGAUGUCUCUGCAACCCUGGCUACCGACUCCACCCCAGCCAAGCCUACUGCACCGAUGACAACGAGUGUUUGAGGAACCCCUGUGCAGGAAGAGGGCGCUGUGUCAACAGUGUGGGCUCCUUCUCCUGCCUCUGCUAUCCGGGCUACUCACUAGCCACCCUGGGAGACACGCAGGAGUGCCAAGAUAUAGAUGAGUGUGAGCAGCCCGGGGUGUGCAACAAUGGACGAUGCAGCAACACUGAGGGCUCGUACCACUGUGAAUGCGAUCGGGGUUACGCCAUGGUCAGGAAAGGACAUUGCCAAGAUAUCGAUGAAUGCCGUCACCCUGGUACCUGCCCUGAUGGGAGAUGCAUCAACUCUCCUGGCUCCUACACGUGUCUAGCCUGUGAGGAGGGCUACAUAGGCCAGAGCGGGAGCUGUGUAGAUGUGAACGAGUGUCUGACCCCUGGGAUCUGUGUCCAUGGAAGUUGUAUCAAUGUGGAAGGCUCCUUUAGAUGCUCCUGUGAGCCGGGCUAUGAGGUCACCCCGGACAAGAAGGGCUGCCAAGAUGUGGAUGAAUGUGUCAGCCGAGCCUCAUGCCCCACGGGCCUCUGCCUCAACACCGAAGGCUCUUAUACCUGUUCAGUCUGUCAGAGUGGGUACUGGGUGAACGAAGCCGGCACUGCCUGUGAAGACCUGGACGAAUGUGCCUUCCCCGGAGUCUGCCCCACAGGAGUCUGCACCAACACUGUGGGCUCCUUUUCCUGCAGAGACUGUGAGCAGGGCUACCGGCCCAGUGCCCUGGGCAACACCUGUGAAGAUGUUGAUGAGUGUGAAGGUCCCCAGAACAGCUGCCUGGGAGGCCAGUGCAAGAACACGGAAGGUUCCUACCAAUGCCUCUGUCCCCAGGGCUUCCAACUGGUCAAUGGCACCAUGUGUGAAGAUAUGGACGAGUGUUCUGGGGAGGAGCAUUGCGCUCCUCAUGGCGAGUGCCUCAACAGCCAGGGGUCCUUCUUUUGCCUCUGUGCACCCGGUUUUGUCAGCGCUGAGGGGGGCACCAAAUGCCAGGAUGUUGACGAGUGUGCAGCCACAGACCCAUGUCUGGGAGGGCGUUGUGUCAACACAGAGGGCUCCUUCAACUGUCUGUGUGAGACCGGCUUCCAGCCCUCCCCAGACAGCGGAGAGUGCGUGGAUAUUGAUGAGUGUGAAGACGAGGAAGACCCUGUGUGUGGAGCCUGGAGGUGUGAGAACAGCCCUGGUUCGUAUCGCUGUGUCCUAGGCUGCCAGCCUGGCUUCUACAUGGCCCCAACCGGAGACUGCAUUGAUAUAGACGAAUGUGCCAAUGACACUGUGUGUGGGAAUCAUGGCUUCUGUGACAACACGGACGGCUCCUUCCGCUGCCUGUGUGACCAGGGCUUUGAGACCUCACCCUCAGGCUGGGAAUGUGUUGAUGUGAAUGAGUGUGAACUCAUGCUGGCAGUGUGUGGGGCUGCACUCUGUGAGAACGUGGAAGGCUCCUUCCUGUGCCUUUGCGCGAGCGACCUUGAGGAAUACGACGCACAAGAAGGACGUUGCCGGCCUCGGGUGACUGGAGCUCAGAGCAUCCCAGAGGUCCCAACAGGGGACCCAACUCCAGGCCUCAUCCGCAUGGAAUGCUACUCUGAGAGUAAUGGCGGGCCUUCCUGCUCUAGCAUCCUGGGCUGGAACUCCACAAAGGCCGAGUGCUGCUGUACUCAGGGUGCCAGAUGGGGAAAAGCCUGUGACCCUUGCCCAUCUGAGGGCUCAGUUGAAUUCAGUGAACUCUGCCCCAGUGGUCAAGGCUACAUCCCUGUGGAAGGAACCUGGACAUUUGGACCCACCAUGUACACAGAUGCCGAUGAGUGUGUCCUGUUCGGGUCUGCUCUCUGCCAGAAUGGCCGAUGCCUCAACACAGUGCCUGGCUACAUUUGCCUGUGUAACCCUGGCUACCACUACGACGCCUCCAGCAGGAAGUGCCAGGAUCACGACGAAUGCCAGGAUGUGGUCUGUGAGAACGGGGAGUGCAUGAACACAGAAGGCUCCUUCCAUUGUUUCUGUAGUCCCCCCCUCAUCCUGGACCUUAGUGGCCAACGCUGUGUCAACAGUACCAGCAGCACAGAGGACUUCCCUGACCAUGACAUCCACAUGGACAUCUGCUGGAAGAAAGUCACCAAUGACGUGUGCAGUCAACCCUUGCGUGGGCACCGUACUACUUACACAGAAUGCUGCUGCCAGGAUGGCGAGGCCUGGAGCCAGCAGUGUGCUCUGUGCCCCCCCAGGAGCUCUGAAGUCUAUGCUCAACUGUGCAAUGUGGCUCGGAUUGAGGCAGAGCGGGAAGCAGGGAUUCACUUCCGGCCAGGCUAUGAGUAUGGCCCUGGCCCAGACGAUCUGCCCUACAAUCUCUAUGGUCCAGAUGGAGCCCCUUUCUACAAUUACCUGGGCCCGGAGGACACUAUUCCCGAGCCUCCCUUCUCCAACAUGGCCAGUGAGCUAGGAGACAACAAGCCGGUCCUGGAGCCUCCUUUGCAGCCCUCUGAACUCCAGCCUCACUAUGUGGCCAGUCAUCCUGAGCCACUGGCCUCCUUCGAAGGACUUCAGGCUGAGGAAUGUGGCAUCCUGAAUGGCUGUGAGAAUGGCCGCUGUGUGCGCGUGCGGGAGGGCUACACUUGUGACUGCUUUGAAGGCUUCCAGCUGGAUGCAGCCCAUAUGGCCUGUGUGGAUGUGAAUGAGUGUGAAGACUUGAAUGGACCUGCAGCACUCUGUGCACAUGGCCACUGUGAGAACACAGAGGGUUCCUAUCGCUGCCACUGCUCCCCAGGUUAUGUGGCAGAGCCAGGCCCCCCACACUGUGCGGCCAAGGAGGAGAAGUGAGGGAUCGCUGGUGGCAGCUAUCUGGAAAUGGCUUCAGACGUAGGCUGGGAACUUAAGAUGGCUUCCCUGGCUGGGAAAACAUCACGGCUGGGAAGACAAGGUGAUGUCAUCAGGCCAGGGCUCUGUAGCCAAGUUCUGCUAGCCUUGCCUGCUUUUUUUUCAAAAUCUCUUCCAGCUUAGUUCUGGUUGUGAGCUUCCGUCACUGCCUCUACGCCAUUGCUUGGCUCAGACACCACAAAUAUUUUAAUGCUUCAGCCACUGGCCAUGAGACGCAGCCCAACACCUGUCCUUGGGGCCUCGCUGGAGGACACGCAUCAGAAGAGUCCUCACCCACUCCACUUAGGCUGUGCAAAAGCUGCAGGCACCUCUUUCCAGCUGUGAUCCACACAUCAUCCAGAUGGUUCCACAACUGGGGCAGCGGCUACAUCUGCCCUGGGAGGGCCCUUCACAAUCUGUGGAGCAAGACAGGGUUUGGAAAAGUUUGGGGGACAGCUCCAAUGCCACCUCUCUGAACUACAACCACCCAGUCAAUCUGGUGUGACCUCUUUUUGCCACAUCUCCACCCUGUAACAGUCUGUGGUCCUAGGAAGGGACCUAUUUCCCUCAUCUCAGAGGAUGGAGACUAAUACUAACUUGCUGAGUGCAAGAAACCCAAAUGAAGAGGAAUGAGCCGAGAAAGCAGCAAGAGAGGGCUACAAAAACCAUGGGGAGCUGAUAUGAGAGGAGGAGCCAGGAUUUAUACAAAUCUAAAAAUACUGAGUAGCUUUGGGGAAAUAAGUACUCGGAGCCACCUUAGAACCGCUAUGCACCAGCAGUGAUACAGUGCCCAUCUCCAAAGACCUUUAUUAGAUACACGCUCCCUUCAGGAACCAAAUCUCUUCUGGGCUUUUUGUGAUUGGUGGACUAACAACACAAGGUCUCUCUUUCAGUUGGUCUUGACCAAGGAAGCCAGAUUUUCAGUGUUGUCAUCCCCUCUACUCAGAAAGCCUUGCCCUUGUUCCCUUUAGAAAAAAAAAAAAUGAAUGUCUGGAAUCCCUCUAAGAGAUGCACUUCCAUACAAGCCAGCUGGGAGUUCAGGAGCAUGGUGGAAUAAAGGAGUGUUCAUCCGGACUUUCCUGUGCCUGUGUCUAUUUCCUGAUAUACCAACUUUACCAUGUUGGUUAGGUCUAAAGAUUAGAUUAGGAAUGAGCCUGCAGGUGCUCCAUGUCCAGCUCCCCAGCCCCCGGAGUGCGGGAGGCUCGAUACUGUCCUAAGGCAAGGCAGACUUGCUGCAUUUCCCAGAUUGGCAUCAAUUCCCAGAUUGAUGUAACAAGGAUUCAUCUGACAGAAGCCAUGGAGAAGAUUGCUACUUCUUAAAUCUGCCCUGUCCUGCCUGCUGCUCUGGUCAUCAGCCGCCAUGUAACUUCAAACUGAAUGCCUGCUGUAUCUGAGUGUUGUAAUGAGGGUUACGCAUAAAUUUCAUCUAUUCACACAACAACCUCAUUUACUACUUUAUUCCUAUGUACACACAAGAAAACCGAGACACAGGAAGCUUAAAUAAUUUUCUUUAGGCCAUUAUCCCAGUUGAAGUGUCCUCAGCAGACAAAAAUCAAUGAAAAUAUUCUUUUGUUCCUAACAGAAAUGCUAUUUACUUGGGGAUUUAGCUCAGUUGAUAGAGUGUUCACCUGGGGUACGUAAGAUCCCGGGGUUCUCUUCCUAAUGCAUCAGGAGAGGGGGAAGAAUAGUGAAGACACUUUUUAGAGAUCAACUAAGGUAGAAGUUUGCUCAGACUUCUGGUGGCAAGGCUCUGGUGACACAGACACAUUUGCGGCAACUGGGGGAGGCGGAUGCUGCGCAGCACCUGAAGAACACGUUAUGGCUGGCUUUCGCAGGCACAAAGCUAGCUCUCUGACCCAGAAAUUCCACUCCCAGGCCUGUAACCUUCAGAUAUAUUCUCACCAAAGAUGCCAUCACGCACUGUUUGUAAUAGCAGAAGAUUAGAAAUGACUGCUAUGGUGUGCUCAAAAACAGAUGGCGGGCUAGACACCCUGUCAAGAGAGAUGUCCUGACCAGAUGGGGGAGCAGGCUGUAGAACAGGGUGGAAGGUGAGCUGCUGUCUGAGUGGACCUCUAGUAACCUCAUCCUCACCACUUCACCUUACACCCAUCCUUUGCCCAAGCAUGCCCUGCUGGCACUGUGCACCUGCCCUCAGAGCCCCCACCCUUUGUGUCCCUGUUCAGCCUUCAGCCAUGCUGCACGCACAUACACAGAGUGUCUUUUAUUAAAAACAGAAAUAAAAUAGUGUGCAUGCUGUUCUGCUCUGCACAGUGCCCCCCCCUUUUUUUUUGAGACAGGAUUUUACCAAGUAGGCCGGGCUAGCCUAGAACCAACAACUCUCUUCCUCCUUUGUGCUGGCACUCCAGGUAUAGCCUACCAUAUCCAGCUACAUUCUUGUUCUUCUAUACUUGCUCCUACAGAAUUAUCUCAUGUGGCCUCACCUAUCACACCUACAUUCGGAAGGCUGAGGCAAGAGGACUGUUAGAGCUAGGGCAGCCUGAACUACAAAAUGAGACGAAGUAAUAGACAAUGGUCGCAUUCUAUUCUAUAGCUGUAUACUAUUCUAUGGAACGGAUAAGCCAGAACUUUCUCAACCAGUCCAGUUCCAUUGCCCACCUUUGCUCACAAGGCUGUAGCGAGUACUCCUGUACGUGUGUUAUUGAAUGUUAUAUUUAUGAGAUUAAACUCCUGAAAACAAUAUGGGGUGUGGGGAGAGUGACAGAGGGAUAAAGAAAAUACUGAGUUUCUUUUUUUUACUGUAUUGCCCCCCCUUUAAAUUUGUAGAUGUAUUACCUACUCAAGAAAAAUAAAAUAUUUUUAAAUAUAGCUGCUGGCUAACCAUUGCUUCAAUGCCCCCUCCUUUUAUAUAUUUAUCUAUUGUUUUAGUUAAAGUAAUCAUUUUGAAAUCUCUUUAGCAAAUUUCCAUCAAACAGCUCUAUAGUAUUUUCAUAGGGUAUGGGAGCCCACAGAAGUGGAUUCAUCCCACCCUGACCAAAGGUCAGAGAAUUCAAGCCUAUUCCUGCUCAUUCAAGGAUAUGACAGGAAGUUUGACCCAGGGAGUGACUGCCUACAGAAUGCUCUGUCUAAGGUAUUGUUGUUGCAUGUCCUGCCUAAACAACAGUAUGCUUAAUUCAGGAUAUAGUGGCUUGAUGUUUCAGGUAUUGAAGCAGUUAAUUGCUCUGUUUGUUCUUUGUAUCAUGUUAAAGCAAUCUUUUGCCUUCUUGCCCCCUGCUUUUGGACUGGGGUGUACACAGGUAUAUGGAAAAUAAAAGCAGGUGAAUUCAGUAU